UUCUUCACAUGUGUUUAUAGUUCUGCAAGAAUUGUUGAUUUGAUUGCUUAUUUUACGCCAAAUUAUGCCACGAUAUGAACUAAUACUGAUUUCAAGAAUAUUAGGCAGGGAAGGGUUUGCUCACCUUUUGCGUCAAACAUGUACGAGUAUUAUGGACAAAGGUGGCGUUGUACGUAAACUAGAGAAUCUAGGACAGCAAAGAUUACCACAGCGAAUGAGAGCUCAUGCAGAAUGGCAUCAUAUUGGCAGAUAUUUCUUAUUUGACUUCGAACUGAGUACCCACCAACUUCCACAAUUUGAAAAAGAGUUGAAAACAGACCCAGAAGUUAUUCAAAAUGGAAUAGUCAAGAUACAAAGCAGAUUUGACUCAAAGAAAUAUGAACAUCCAAUUCUUGAAUGUUGGAAGAAGGGUCCCCCAGACCGAACAGCCCGAACAAGCUUCAUGGCCUUUAGCAGCUUCAAGAAAGACACUUGUGGGAUUAUGUCUCAAGUGACCAAAUGGCAGCCCGCCUUAGUAGAAUUUUAA